CUAUAGUCUAAACAAUCUGCAGGCAACCAGCGUCCAUUUUUAUAGAGAGGCUGGAAACAGAUAACAGAGAUGGGGGCUGUACUCGGACUCUGCUCCAUGGCCAGCUGGAUCCCUUGCCUAUGUGGCAGUGCGCCCUGCCUGCUGUGCAGUUGCUGCCCCAGUGGGAACAAUUCCACAGUGACCCGACUCAUUUAUGCAUUCUUCCUUCUCCUGGGAGUAGGGGUUGCUUGUAUUAUGUUGAUGCCAGGAAUGGAAGGACAGUUAAACAAGAUUCCUGGAUUUUGUGAUGGAGGCAUGGGGACAUCUAUCCCUGGAAUUCAGGGACAUGUGAACUGUGAUGUCCUGGUUGGCUACAAGGCAGUGUACCGGGUUUGCUUUGGCAUGGCCAUGUUUUUCCUGCUCUUUUCAUUGCUGAUGAUCAAGGUGAAGAGCAGUCAGGAUCCCAGAGCUUCAGUACACAACGGGUUCUGGUUCUUUAAGUUUGCAUCUGCUGUAGCCAUCACUGUUGGAGCUUUCUUCAUCCCGGAGGGGCCCUUUACCACAGUGUGGUUUUAUAUCGGCAUGGCUGGGGCUUUCUGCUUCAUCCUGAUUCAGUUGGUCCUGCUGAUUGACUUUGCCCACUCUUGGAACGAGUCCUGGGUAGAAAAAAUGGAGGAAGGGAACUCCAGAUGCUGGUAUGCAGCUCUCCUUUCUGCUACAGCUCUGAAUUACAUCCUGUCCGUGGUUGCCUUGGUACUGUUUUAUGUCUAUUACACCCACUCUGAUGGCUGCACUGAGAAUAAAGCCUUCAUCAGCGUAAACAUGUUGAUCUGCAUUGGUGCCUCUGUGUUGUCUAUCCUGCCCAAGAUCCAGGAGUCCCAGCCACGUUCUGGUUUGCUGCAGUCUUCCAUUGUCACUUUAUACACCAUGUAUUUGACCUGGUCAGCCAUGACUAAUGAACCAGACAGAAAAUGUAAUCCUAGCUUGCUGAGCAUAAUUGGCUAUAACAACACUGGCUCUCCAAGCCACGGUCAAGUUGUUCAGUGGUGGGAUACUCAAGGAAUUGUUGGCCUGAUUCUGUUCUUACUGUGUGUUCUCUAUUCCAGCAUUCGCAACUCUUCCAACAACCAGGUGAACAAACUGACACUGACCAGCGAUGAAUCCACGCUGAUAGAGGAAGGCAUCAACAGGAGCGAUAGCUUUGACGAGGGAGAUAAUGUGAACCAUGCAGUAGAUAAUGAAAAGGAUGGGGUUACUUACAGCUACUCCUUUUUCCAUUUCAUGCUGUUUUUGGCUUCACUGUACAUCAUGAUGACACUUACUAACUGGUACAGCCCUGAUUCUACAUAUGAAACAAUGACCAGCAAAUGGCCGUCAGUGUGGGUGAAGAUUUCCUCCACGUGGAUCUGCAUUGCCCUGUAUGUGUGGACUCUUGUUGCUCCACUGGUUCUUACAAACCGUGAUUUUGACUGAAUAGUACAGUUUAACCGUUCUGUGCUUGAUGCAUUCUUACUCAUGACUAAAAAGUAGUUACAGUAACAGGAUUCAAAGCUGAAACAAAUUUGUAAAUAUGCAUGCUAUCAUUGUGCUUGAUCUUACAUACUUGUUUUACUGCAUGUUUGAGAAUAGUUGUAAGUCUCACAUAUAGAGCCUAAAGAAAGGUAGUAUUAAGACCUUAAUGUUAUCAAGAAACUUGUGGAUUUAUGAGGGUUGGAGCAAGAUAUCAAUAUACUGGAAUAUAGAAUUUCUAGUUUGUUACACUGAUGUUUGGCAAGUCCUGUAAGUGAUACAAAGGAUGAGAAGAGCUGAUGAAUAAAACAUUUAUUAUCUAGCUGUUUAUGAAAUGCUGUAGAUUUAUGAAGUAGAGUAAUAUAUAAAAAAUAGUAAUUUGAAAAGUACUAAUUACUUGUGAAGUGUUGUGUAGUUCCUUGACCUGCAACCUCUUUAAUUACCUACAGUAUUCUGAUUUUAUAUUUGAUUUGCUGUGAUUUGUUUUCGAUGUGCAUUUUAUGGUUUCUACCAUGUAUUUUAACUUGGUACUGCAUUAUAUAUGUACAUGUAUCUUUUCUUUACAGUAAUAUCAGAUAACUGACUUGUUUAUUAUUGUUAUUGCCUUAAACACAGCUAACAGUAUUACUAAAGGAGGAAAAAAUGUCAGCAACAGCAUUUUUAUUUCUUCAAUAUAAUAAUUAAUAUUUAGGAUAUGUUCUAGCCAUUUAAAACACACACAUCCUGCACUGGGUAUUUUAAAUUUAAUUUAUUGUCAUUAAAAAGAACACCUUAAGAUUUCACUGAUAUGUUAAUUUUACAUAACUGAAGAAAAGAAUGUGGAUACAAAUCAGGAACCGUUGUGUCUAUGAACAAGCUCUUGACAAUGUUGUCCUGGGCAGUUGUCAGUUUAGGGGGGUCAGAGUUAAAGAAAUGGUGAAACUACAUUUUGAGAAAUAUGACAAUUGUUGCAUCUGCUUGACCUGUAACUGUUGUAACCCUUUGAUAAUUAAAUGAAUCAAAUAAUAA